AUGGAAGAUUCUGGAUUUUCUGGAGUUGUUCGCCUUUCGAAUGUCUCCGAUUUUAUUGCACCAAAUUUGGUAAAUUUUUUUUGAAAUUCAAAUUUUGCCGCCAAAAACUACCGUAUAUUUAUUUUCAGGAUUGCAUAAUUCCACUCGAGACCAAAACUGUGCCCGAAAAACCGGCGGAAAAUCUGGUGAACAUCAAGAAAAAGACGGAAAAAUGUAAAGAAGCCGAGGAGAAGACAAAGGUACAGUACUUUUUCUACAGUAACCCACAGUAACCCUCGUAGAAUUUUGCAGAAAUCGAUAAAAAUCUCAUUGGCUGAUUGUUUGGCGUGUAAUGGAUGUAUUACGAGUGCUGAAACUGUUUUGAUUGAGGAACAAUCGAUUGGAAGGUGAAUUUUCAGAGAAUUCUGAUUUUUUGAGCUGAAAAUCGCAAAAAUUUGACCCAAAAUCAUGUUUUUCAUGCAUUUUGAGGGUGUAAAAGCGGAGCAUCGUAGUUUUGCAUAUUUUCAAACGAUGCUCCGGGUUUACACCUUUGAAAAUUGCUGGAUUUCGACCCAAAAUUCAAGAAAAUCGCAAAAAUUUGACCCAAAAUCAUGUUUUUCAUGCAUUUUGAGGGUGUAAAAGCGGAGCAUCGUUGUUUUGCAUAUUUUCAAACGAUGCUCCGGGUUUACACCUUUGAAAAUUGCUGGAUUUCGACCCAAAAUUCAAGAAAAUCGCAAAAAUUUGACCCAAAAUCAUGUUUUUCAUGCAUUUUGAGGGUGUAAAAGCGGAGCAUCGUAGUUUUGCAUAUUUUCAAACGAUGCUCCGGGUUUACACCUUUGAAAAUUGCUGGAUUUCGACCCAAAAUUCAAGAAAAUCGCAAAAAUUUGACCCAAAAUCAUGUUUUUCAUGCAUUUUGAGGGUGUAAAAGCGGAGCAUCGUAGUUUUGCAUAUUUUCAAACGAUGCUCCGGGUUUACACCUUUGAAAAUUGCUGGAUUUCGACCCAAAAUUCAAGAAAAUCGCAAAAAUUUGACCCAAAAUCAUGUUUUUCAUGCAUUUUGAGGGUGUAAAAGCGGAGCAUCGUUGUUUUGCAUAUUUUCAAACGAUGCUCCAGGUUUACACCUUUGAAAAUUGCUGGAUUUCGACCCAAAAUUCAAGAAAAUCGCAAAAAUUUGACCCAAAAUCAUGUUUUUCAUGCAUUUUGAGGGUGUAAAAGCGGAGCAUCGUAGUUUUGCAUAUUUUCAAACGAUGCUCCGGGUUUACACCUUUGAAAAUUGCUGGAUUUCGACCCAAAAUUCAAGAAAAUCGCAAAAAUUUGACCCAAAAUCAUGUUUUUCAUGCAUUUUGAGGGUGUAAAAGCGGAGCAUCGUAGUUUUGCAUAUUUUCAAACGAUGCUCCGGGUUUACACCUUUGAAAAUUGCUGGAUUUCGACCCAAAAUUCAAGAAAAUCGCAAAAAUUUGACCCAAAAUCAUGUUUUUCAUGCAUUUUGAGGGUGUAAAAGCGGAGCAUCGUAGUUUUGCAUAUUUUCAAACGAUGCUCCGGGUUUACACCUUUGAAAAUUGCUGGAUUUCGACCCAAAAUUCAAGAAAAUCGCAAAAAUUUGACCCAAAAUCAUGUUUUUCAUGCAUUUUGAGGGUGUAAAAGCGGAGCAUCGUUGUUUUGCAUAUUUUCAAACGAUGCUCCAGGUUUACACCUUUGAAAAUUGCUAGAUUUUGAUUCUUUUGAAGAUUUUUAUUUAAAAAAACGAAGAGAAAAACAACGAUGCUCCGCAUUUACACCCCUGUACUCGAAAUUCCCCGAAUUCCACGUAUUUUGGCUCAAAAAAUCCGAAAUUUUCCAGACUUUGGCAAGGUGUCGAAUCGUCAGAUUUUUCGGUAGUUACCGUAUCUCCCCAAUCAAUUUGCUCGAUUGCUGUGAAAUUGGGAAUCUCGCCGGAAAAUGCGGCGAUUCGAAUUUCAAACUAUUUUUUGAGCAAAGGUAAUUUUUUUUUCAAAAUUGUUGAAACGUUGGCGGGAAGAAAAAAAUAUCUACAAAAAAUGGUUAUAUUUGGUUACUGUAGAAAAUUACUGUAUUUAGAAAAAUUAAUUUUUUAAUUGGUACAGUAAUUUUCUACAGUAACCUAGGAUUUUUGACGCAAAAAAUCUAAGUAGAUCAAAGAAUUGGCCAAAAAAGUUCUGAAAAUUCUGUGGAUCAAAAAACACUUGGUACAGUAAUAUUCUACAGUAACCUAGGAACUUUUGAAGCCAAAAAUUGGUUUUUGGUCAAUUUUGGGUUACUGUAGCUCAAAAGUUCCGAAAAUUUGUUAGAUCAUAAUUCUUUGUACUGUGGAAAAAUUGUUCCCAAAAAACACUUGGUACAGUAAAUUUCUACAGUAAUCUACGAUUUUUUUCACAAAAAUUGAUGAAAUCGAAAAUUUGAAACGUAAAUUUUCCAGGAUUUUUUUUUCCAGGCGUCACUCAUGUUAUCGAUUCCUCAUUUGCACGGCAUUUCACACAUUCUCUGUUAUUUUCCGAAUUUCAAGCUUCAACUUCGAAUUCUUCUUCAAAUUCAUUCCUUUUAUCAUCAGCUUGUCCCGGAUUUGUUUGUUAUUCGGAAAAAUCGACAAAUGCUCAGAUUCUAGUGCCAAAAAUCAGUCGAAUUCGAUCGCCGCAAGCUAUUGCUGGAGCUAUUGUUAAAGGUGCGAAAAAUCGGGGAAUUUUGAGCUAAAUUUCAAGAAAAUUGGGAAAUUUUGAAGGUGUAAACGCGGAGCAUCGUAGUUUUCAAGUUUUCAAACGAUGCUCCGCGUUUACCCUCUUGAAAAUAGUGGAAAACUGAUUUUAUACAAUAAUUUCAAGAUUUUCAUUGUUUUAAACUCGGAAACUACAAUACUCCGCGUUUACACCCUUUAAAAAUUAUUGUUGGUUCUGAAUUUCGCAAAUAUUUUCAUUUUCAAACGAUGCUCCGGGUUUACAAUCAGAAAUUGCGAGUUUUUUGACCUAAAAUUCAAAUUUAAUACGAUUUUUUUAAAGGUGUAAUUGCGGAGCAUCGUAGUUUUCAAUAUUUUCAGACUACCUUGCUCGAAAAUUCCAAAUUCAACCACAUCGCAUAUUCCACGCCACAAUAAUGCCGUGUUUCGACAAAAAAUUGGAGGCUUCCCGCAAAGAAUUUCUGUGUACUUCUCACGGAGAAGAGGAGGUUCGAGAAACUGAUUGUGUUAUUAGUACGGGUGAGGGAUUUUUUGGGGGGAGAAUUUGAAAUUUGAAAUUUUUUUUUUCAAAUCAAAAUUUGAAAUUUUCAAAAAUUUCCAAAUUUUUCAUGCAAAAAUUUCCUGAAAUUUUCCAAUUUUAAAAAAAUCUUAAAAUUUUAGAUCAAAAUUUAAAAUUUUUCAUGCAAAAAUUUUCCAAUUUAAAAAAAAUCUGAAAAAUUCAGAUUAAAAAUUUUAAAUUUCACAAAUUUCUAUAUUUUUCAUGCAAAAAUUUUCUGAAAUUUUCCAAUUAGAAAAUUUUCAAAAAUUUCAGAUUAAAAAUUUAAAUUUUCACAAAUUUCUAUAUUUUUCAUGCAAAAAUUUUCUGAAAUUUUCCAAUUAGAAAAUUUUCAAAAAUUUCAGAUUAAAAAUUUUAAAUUUUCAAAAAUUUCUAAUUUUUUCAUGCAAAAAUUUUCCAAUUUAAAAAAAUCUCAAAAUUUUUGACCUCAAUUUCAAAUUUUCAAAAAUUUUGCAAAAAAAAAUUAAAAUCCAAUUUUUUCAGCUGAACUCUAUGAGGAAUUGGAAAAAUUCGAAUUUUCUCCGGAAAUUCCGAAUUUGAAUCAAUCACCCGGAUUUUUGGGCGAUUUGUCGCGUGGCAAAAUUAUUGGCGAGAAUGGUGGAAGUUCGGGUGGAUAUGCUGAAAAUAUUGUGAGGAGUUAUCUGAAAUUGAAUGGUGGAGAGCUCAAACAGCAGAAAUUGUGAGUUUAAACGAUGCUCCGCGUUUACACCGCAAAGUUUUGACACAAAAUUCGAGGGAAAUCGUGAAAUUUUGACUUCAAACGAUGCUCCGCCUUUACACCAUGAGAAAUGGCUAGUUUUGGACCAAAACCUUGAGAAAAUCGCAAAAUUUUGAUUAGAGAGUGUAAAUGCGGAGCUUUGUUGUUUUUUAAACGAUGCUCCGCCUUUACACCAUUAAAAAUAGCUAUAUUUUCAGCAAAAUCUCGAGAAAAUCGCAAAACUUAGGUGUAAAUGUGGAGCGUCGUAGUUUUUCACCCCUCAAAAUUUUUUUGCCACGUCAUAACCUCAUUUCUUUCAGAAACAAACAUAUGGAUUCAAUAGAAGUUCUAAAUUCUGAAGGAAAUUCAGUGCUUCGCGUCGCCCGAGUCUACGGUUUUCGAAAUAUUCAAAACCUGGUGAGAAAAAUGAAGAUCUCCUCGACAUCCACCAAAUCAAAAAUGUACGACUACGUGGAAAUCAUGGCGUGUCCAGGUGGAUGUUCAAAUGGUGGAGGACAAAUCAAAUAUUCAAAAAUGGAUGAAAGAGAAGAGCAGUUGGCGAAAAUCGAUGGGAUUUAUGAGAAUUUGGAGAGACGAGACGAUGUUUUGGAUGAGAUUUUGAGGGUUCAGCGGGAAUGGCAGAUGUUGAAUGAGAAUUGGCAGAAGUUGAUGUUCACUGAUUAUUCGAUUAUUGAUUCGAAUAUUUCGCAAACUUUGAAAUGGUGA